AUGAAAAUUAUACAAGCAAAUAAAUAUAAGAGAUAGUAAUCUUAUUUUGUAUUCAUUAGAAUAUUAUUGGUAGUGCUAUUGCUUCUAAACCUCCCAUGGCUAAUCCUUGAACUUGCUAUAAUUCCUCCUAAAAUGCUUCUGUUCUUCAAAUCCAGAUUGUUGUUGUGA